GGGGUGCGCAUCAUCCGGGACCUGGCGGAAUCCAGUGGUCGGGGAGUCGCCAUUUUGAGGGUGUCGGAGAAACUGCAGGGGUACCGGCUCGUCUCCAGGCGACAGACUCGCUCAUCUGCUCAAAGCCCUACAGUGCGACAGUGAUGGAAGUGUAUAUCGAGCCGACACAAGUGCCGCAAGACGCCCUAGCGGCGGCAGCGCAGCUCGAGUUAGGGGCCACGCCGCAAACCCUCACCAUUCGACGACCGUUCAAUCCUGUAGCCCACGAGUUGGACGCUAACUUCCGACUGACACGAUUCGCCGACCUGAAAGGAUGAGGGUGCAAGGUCCCCCAGGAGGUGCUGACGCGCCUGCUGGAGGGGCUGCAGGACGAUGGGACGGGCCACGAGCACGACCACACAGCACACUUCAUGCACAUGCCCAUCACACACAUUGGAAUUGGUAUGGAUGCCAGCGUAACUCCUCUUCGUCACGGUGGUCUCUCCCUUGUGCAAACCACAGAUUUCUUCUAUCCUUUGGUUGAUGAUCCUUAUAUGAUGGGAAAAAUUUCCUGCGCUAAUGUGUUAAGUGACCUGUUUGCUAUGGGAGUGACAGACUGUGACAAUAUGCUAAUGUUGUUGGGAGUCUCAACCAAGAUGACUGAAAAAGAAAGAGAUGUUGUUAUUCCUCUCAUGAUGAGAGGCUUUAAGGAUGCUGCAUUAGAAGCAAACACCUCUGUAACGGGUGGUCAAACUGUGAUGAAUCCUUGGUGUACUAUAGGUGGUGUUGCUACAACCGUCUGUCAACCCAACGAAUUUAUUGUGCCAGAUUGUGCUGUAGUCGGCGAUGUCCUGGUACUCACCAAACCUCUUGGAACUCAAGUUGCUGUCAAUGCACACCAGUGGUUGGACCAGCCAGAGAGAUGGAACCGCAUCAAGUUGGUUGUGUCAGAAGAGGAUGUCCGCAAAGCUUACCAAAGAGCCAUGGAUUCAAUGGCUCGCCUUAAUAGAACUGCUGCUAGGUUAAUGCACAAAUACAAUGCUCAUGGUGCUACAGAUGUAACAGGAUUUGGUUUGCUGGGUCAUGCACAAAACUUGGCUAAGAAUCAGAAAAAUGAAGUCUCGUUUGUUAUCCACAAUCUCCCAAUCAUAGCCAAGAUGGCUGCUGUUGCUAAAGCAUGUGGCAACAUGUUUCAUCUGUUGCAGGGGCUGAGUGCUGAAACGUCUGGAGGUCUUUUGAUCUGCUUGCCUCGUGAACAGGCUGCUGCAUAUUGUAAAGACAUUGAGAAACAAGAAGGCUACCAAGCAUGGAUUAUUGGUAUUGUAGAAAAAGGAAAUCGUACUGCUCGCAUCAUUGACAAGCCACGGGUCAUUGAAGUGCCAUCAAAAGAGAAAGAUGGAGAGCUGUGGUAGGACAGUGUUCAUCUCUUGAUGUGGCUGAAACAGCAACAUUUUCAUAAGUUCCACUGGAUUGGCAGGAUUGUUUGUUUCCACAUGAAGCAUUCGAGUUGUGCCAAGUAUUAUGAGGUGUUACACCCCAGGAUGGGCAUGUUUCAUCUCAUUUGGUGAUACUACUUUAAUGAUUUUAUACAUAAAAGUUUAUAUCUUUCAGAUGUUUUUCUAAUUUCUGAGGUAGUUGAUGUUAAAAUUUUGCUUAUGUUCAUAGCAAUUGGAAAAAGAAAGAAUAUCAUAUUAUAUGGUCAAUAGUUACAUUUCCCUGAAAAUAGUAAAGCUCAUAACUACAGUACUCAUAUUUGUUAAAAUUAAAUUUUACUCACAGUUCAAUUUAUUAUUUUUGCAAGAUCUGCAGUGUUAUAACCCAGUGUCCCCACUCCCUCCAUUUCCGCAUACGAAGAUGGGUAUUUUUGUUCCUGUUGUAGGAUCGGUUAUUCAAUGUUCUUAACAACGACAUUCCUUAUCUUGCUACAAAGGCUCAAAAAUUAUGGUUGCUUUAUACAAGAUGGUCAGCUGCUCGGUGACAAUAUUACUUUGCUCAAGAAAUUAAAAUUUAUUUAAGAUAGUUGAAGGCAGCAAUAUUAUUCAGAUGUGUGUCAAUUAUUUGGAGUGCUGGUAAACUUGAUCAAAGUAAGGCAGUGGAUGGCUUAAGCAGGAGAACACAUUAUGAAGGUCACUUAUGAAAGUUGUUAAAAACGGUGAGUGACUGGAAGCACUGAAGCUCCUCCUUGCUCCAUCCAUCACAUGUCAACCUUGGGAAUAAAUAAAUACAAAAAUUAAA